AUGCUUCUCGAGCCGUCGGUUGCUAGCGGCGCGGCCGGUUUUGAAGCACUUCGGCACCUUGACAUUCGCAUCAGCCACCACGCUGCCAUUCAGGAAAUCUCACGGCUCACUGACCUUACUAGCCUGAAAAUAGAUUUAGGCGACACUGUUAAUUUCCCUCCCACCAGUUUCUCCCAACUCGCGAAGCUUCGGGACUUGAGGAGUCUUUCUCUUACCAGCACGAGACAACCCAGCCUGCACCCUCUUUUCGACCGGGAAGUUGAGCAAUCUGAUAUUCUUGACUUGAUUCGUCACCUCGGCAAGCUGGAUUACUGCAGCUGGAAUCUCGAAGGUGUUGUGGACACCCAUGGACUUAUCGAGGGGAUUGCGCGCCUUCAGACGAAUUUGCAGAAGACUUAUCUCGGUUUCGCCGUGCACAUUCCCGAUAGUUUCGAGCGUAAAGACGUUACGAUAAAGACUCAGAAAAGCCUCCGGGUCCUUCGUGUACGAAAUACGCUGUUCGACACAUACCUUCCUGACCACAAGGCGACGGACGUGGCUGCUCGAACAGUCAAGACUUUGUUCCCAUCACUCAAGGUUUUCGAAGUGGAGGCGGAAGGCUCCAUAGAACACUGGGGAAGCCUUUGA